AUGGAGCAGCGUAUUGGGAGUUUUAGUUACUUUAAUUAUUCAUUUCAUUUUAUUUUAGCUGGAACAGGUGUAUGGUUAGAUUGCCUAUAUGAGUUUAUGCCCAAUAGACGUGGAGGCUUGAAUCUUAUUUUUAAUGGAUACUUAUAUACUGUGGAAAGAAAAUACAAUAGCACUAUAAAUUGGGUGUGUAAUAAAAAUAGCAAUUCAUCACUAAGGUGUCCAGCCAGAUGCGUUACAGCUGGGGAUAAUGCUAUCAAAUUAAGUCAAAAACUACAUAAUCAUGAACCUGUCGUAGAUCAAGAUAGAAAAGCUUAUUCGGGGCAACAGAUGUAUGGAUAAAAUCACUUUUGUAAAUUUGUAUUAAAAAGAAAGCCUGGUGUAAAGAAAAUUUAACAGCAUAAUUAAUUGGGUACAUUAUUACUAAAGAAAAUGCUAUCAAAUUGAUCAAAAAAUUACAGCCACGAACUAUUUAUACUAUAAGAAGUUUAAGUCCUUUAAAAUUUAAUUGAGAAAAAUUGUAAAUAUUUAUGUUAAAUUAGCUUAAAAUAAAAAUUAUACUUCACAAUUUUGAUUUAAAUGCGUUUCCUCAAAUGUAUAU